AUGCCAGUGCCUGGGAGAUCUGCUCCUGGGGAUGGUCAGGGCGGGCAGGGCCCCUGGCUCUGGACUCUUUCUGGCACUUUCUGCCUCUGCCUCGAACUCUUGCUGGACCAGGUGGGCCAGCUGCAGGGGCACCCCCAGUGCCUGGACUACAGGCCGCCCUUCCGGCCCGCCCUGCACCUCGAGUUCUGUUCCCACUACGAGUCCUUCGGCUGCUGCGACCGGCGCAAGGACCAGCACAUCGCCAGGCGGUACCACAGCAUCAUGGGCUACCUGGACCCGCAGGGCCAGGAGCUGUGUGGCGGUUACAUCAGAGACAUCCUUUGCCAGGAGUGCUCGCCGGACACGGCCCACCUCUACGACACCGAGAACCCUCGGACGCCCCUCCGCAACCUCCCCGACCAGGACUACUGCUUCCCGAACGUCCUGAGGGACGGCCAUCUCACUCGCCGCCUGGGCGCGGUGGCCAGGGGCCGCCGGGGCUGCCUGCGGCUCUGCCUGGCCGAGGUGGCCAACGGGCUGCGGAACCCCGUGUGCAUGGCCCACGCCGGGGACGGCACCCACCGCGCCUUCGUGGCCGAGCAGGUGGGGGUGGUGUGGGUCUACCUGCCCGACGGGAGUCGCCUGGAACGGCCCUUCCUGGACCUCAGGAACGUCGUGCUGACCACUCCGUGGAUCGGGGACGAGAGAGGCUUCCUGGGGCUGGCUUUUCACCCCCGGUUCCGCCAGAACCGCAAGUUCUAUAUUUAUUAUUCGUGCCUGGGCCGGGGGAAGGUGGAAAAGAUCCGGAUUAGCCAGAUGAAGGCUUCCCGGGCCGACCCCAACAGAGCCAACCCGGCGUCAGAAAGGGUCAUCCUGGAGAUAGAAGAACUGGCCUCCAACCACAAUGGCGGACAACUUCUCUUCGGCCUGGACGGCUACCUGUACAUAUUCACGGGGGACGGAGGGCAGGCCGGGGACCCCUUCGGCGAGUUUGGCAACGCUCAGAACAAAAGUUCCCUGCUGGGGAAAGUGUUACGGAUCGAUGUGAACGGGGCCGGCACAGAGGGCAGGCGGUACCGGGUCCCCCCGGACAAUCCCUUUGUCUCUGAGCCAGGAGCCCACCCCGCCGUCUACGCCUAUGGAAUCCGAAACGUGUGGCGCUGUGCCGUGGACCGCGGGGACCCGGUCACACACCGGGGCCGAGGCCGGAUAUUCUGUGGGGACGUGGGGCAGAACCGGUUUGAAGAGGUCAACAUCAUUGUUAAAGGCGGAAACUACGGCUGGAGAGCAAAGGAAGGGUUCGAAUGUUACGACGAGAAGCUUUGUCGCAAUGCCUCUUUGGAUGACAUCCCGCCAAUCUUUGCCUACGACCACGAGGUGGGGAAGUCGGUCACCGGAGGCUAUGUCUACCGAGGGUGCCAGUCCCCGAAUCUCAACGGCCUCUACAUCUUCGGGGACUUCAUGAGUGGUCAGCUUAUGGCUUUGAAGGAAGAUAGAAAAACGAAGAAAUGGAAGAAGCAGGAUAUCUGUCUGGGCACCACCGAGUCCUGCGCCUUCCCGGGGCUGGUCAGCACCCACAGCAAGUUCAUCAUCUCCUUCGCCGAGGACGAGGCCGGAGAGCUCUACUUCCUGGCCACCUCCUACCCGAGUGCCUACGCACCUCGCGGAUCCAUUUACAAGCUUGUUGACCCCUCAAGGCGAGCACCCCCGGGCAAGUGCAAGUACAAGCCAGUGCCGGUGGGAACCAAGAGUAAGCGGGUCCCGUUCAGGCCACUCGCCAAGACGGUCUUGGAGUUGCUGAAGGAGCAAUCAGAGAAGGCUGCUAGGAAGUUACCCAGCGUGACUUCAGCUUCCCGUCCAGACCCGGCCUCCUCUGAGAAAGGCUCCUCCAAGAAGCCGGCUUCUCCCACAAGAAGCAGGAAGCUGUUUCGUGGUCCUGGGGCAGAGAAGGGAGCCUGAGUGUGGCCCCCGGACCCCCAGGGGAAGAGGAAGAAGAGCCGGAAGCCCCGCAGCGGCCCCGAGAGCCAGUCUGCACAGUGGGGGCCGGCUGGAAGGACCCUUCCUUGGCCUGCGGAGGGAGAGCCUCCUCACCACGCAGAACCUGCUGUGUUCAACGGGGGCCUCUUUAGACACACAGGAAGCAGGGCUGGGGGUGGUCGGGGCCGGGAUGGCGGAGAGAGCUUGGCUUAGGGCCUCCUUGUCUCUCCGAGGGAAUCUUGCUCCUGGAACAGUUCUCCUUGUCUGCUCCUGGCAGGGGG